AUGUCGGAAAUAUCUUUCAAAGACAAAGUCGUCGUGGUCACCGGUGCUGGAGGUGCAUUGGGUAAGCACUACUGCUUGGAGUACGCCAAGCGUGGGGCCAAGGUGGUGGUGAAUGAUUUGGGAUUCAAAAACGGUGUAUCCGAGGCUGCCAACAAGGUAGUAGACGAAAUCAAGGCGUUGGGAGGAAUUGCUGUUGCCGACUACCACAACGUGUUGGAGGGUGAAAAGAUCAUCGAGACUGCCGUCAAGAACUUCGGCACCAUCCAUAUCUUGAUCAACAAUGCUGGUAUUCUCAGGGACGCUCAGUUCAAGAAAAUGACCCCAGAACAGUACCAACUUAUUAUUGACGUCCACUUAAACGGAGCCUACAAGUGCACACAAGCAGCGUGGCCUUACUUUAGAAAGCAGGAGUAUGGUAGAAUUGUCAACACCGCUUCUCCCGCUGGGUUGUACGGGAAUUUUGGACAGGCCAACUACUCGGCUGCUAAAUCGGGAUUGAUUGGUUUUGCCGAAACCUUGGCCAAGGAAGGUGCCAAGUACAACAUUACUGCCAACGUCAUUGCUCCAUUGGCCAGAUCUCCCAUGACAGAAGGAAUCUUGCCGGAGUCGAUUUUGGUGCAAUUGGGUCCUGAAAAAAUCGCUCCUUUGGUGUUAUACUUGACCCAUGAGGGCGUGGAAGCCAACGGGCAAAUCUUUGAAUUGGCGGCUGGAUUCUACUCGCAGAUCAGAUGGCAGAGAUCUGGUGGUGCUCUCUUCAAGCCAGACCUGACUUUUGGUGCCGAAUUGGUGGCUAAGAAGUUUGAAGAAAUUGUCGAUUUCGACGAUUCUUCCAGACCCGAGUUGUUGAAGAACCAGAACCCACACAUGGUCAACGACUAUUUGUCGUUGAACGAGGCGGCCCGGGCCUUGAAGGAAAAUGACCUUUCCGGUGCUCCUAAAAUCUCCUUGAAGGACAAGGUUGUCUUGAUCACUGGUGCUGGUGCUGGCUUGGGUAGAGACUAUGCUUUGUUCUUUGCCAAGUACGGAGCCAAGGUGGUUGUCAAUGACUUUGCCGACCCUUCCAAGGUUGUUGAAGAGAUCAAGGCCGCCGGUGGUGAAGCUCAUGGUGACCAACAUGAUGUGGGUACUCAGUACACCGAAAUCAUCGAUAACGUUAUCAGCAAGUACGGCACCAUCGAUGUUUUGGUCAACAACGCCGGGAUUUUGAGAGACAAGUCGUUUGCCAAGAUGACCGACAAGGAAUGGUACCAGGUGCAACAAGUUCACUUGAACGGUACUUUUCACUUGACCAGAUUGGCCUGGCCUCACUUUUUGGAAAAGAAAUUUGGUAGAGUUAUCAACAUUUCUUCCACUUCGGGUAUUUACGGUAACUUUGGCCAAACCAACUAUGCCACUGCCAAGGCAGCCAUCAUUGGUUUCUCCAAGACCAUUGCCAUUGAAGGGGCCAAGAGCAACAUCAAGGUUAACACUGUUGCUCCACACGCCGAAACCGCUAUGACAUUGACCAUUUUCAGCGAAUCUGACAAGAACUUGUACCCACCAGAAUUGGUUGCUCCAUUGUUGGUGUUCUUAGCAUCUGAUGAUGUUCCAUGUACUGGAGAAUUAUUCGAAGGUGGUGGUGGUUGGAUUGGUAACACCAGAUGGCAAAGAUCCAAGGGAGUUGUAUGCAAAGAUAAGGUUGUCACUCCCGAAUUCAUCAGAGACAACUACUCCAAGAUCAUCGACUUUACUGAAUCUUCUAACCCCAAGAGCACUGGUGAAUCUUCCAUGGAGAUUUUGAGUGCGGUUGACCCAGAUGAAGAUGAUGAAGAUGAAGAGGAAGAAGAAGAUGAUGAUGAAGAAGAGAUUGAAGCUGAACCUGAAUUCUCCUACACUGACAGGGAAGUUAUUUUGUAUAACAUUGCUGUUGGUGCCAAGGCUAAGGAGUUGAAGUAUGUGUAUGAAAACGAUAGUGAUUUCCAGGUGGUUCCAACCUUUGGACACUUGGUGAUUUUCAACUCGCCUGCUUCAAUGGCUUUCAGCAAGCUCUUGAAGAACUUCAACGCAAUGUUUUUGUUACACGGAGAGCAUUACAUUAAGUUGGAACAAUAUCCAAUUCCAACCGAAGCCAAGGUGAAGACCACGUUCAGCCCAUUGGCCGUCACUCAAAAAGGAACCAAUACAGUUGUUGUGCAAGGGUCCAAGUCGGUUGACACUGAAACCGGAGAAUUGGUGUUCUCCAACGAAGCAACUUUCUUUAUUAGAAACUGUGAAGGUGAAACCAAGACGUACGGGGAAAGAAAAACCUUUGCUACUUCUUUAUUCACAGCACCAAAAUCUGCUCCAGACUUUGAGGCCACUAUUCCCGUUUCUGAAGAUUUAGCUGCAUUGUACAGAUUGACUGGAGACAGGAACCCAUUGCACAUUGACCCAGCUUUUGCAGCGGGUGCCAAGUUUGACAAGCCAAUCUUACACGGUAUGGGAACUUACGGUUUAAGUGCCAAGGUGUUGUUGGAUCGUUUUGGUGCUUUUGAUGAAAUCAAGGCCAGAUUCACCGGAAUCGUCUUCCCAGGCGAAACCUUGAAGGUGGUGGCCUGGAAGCAAGGAGACGUUGUCAUUUUCCAAACUCAUGUUGUUGAGAGAGGAACCAUUGCCAUCAACAAUGCUGCCAUCAAAUUGCUUGGUAACAAGGCUAAUUUGUAG